UCUACCUUGCAGUCACGCAAAUGCACCAUGCUAUGCCCGCCUCCUGGCUUCUCAGCGACCGUUUCUUCACCGUCCUCGUCAUCUCAGGCGCCCGCAGGGACCUUGUCCAUUCCACCACGCACUUCGCCGAAGCAAUGGACAUGCAGAUCCCCAUCGACCUCAGCACCUUCCCCGCCGCCAUCAAAGCACGCAGCCACGCUCAGCUCCACGCCAACAAACUCGUCUACGAGCCGCCGGUCGCCAAUCCAACCCCCUUCCAGAAGUCGAGGAAAGGAAGAAAGCUGGUCGAGGGCGUAUAUGUGAGCUUAGAAAAGGUGGCUCAGUUAAAACAGGGCGAUAAUGUGAUCAAUAAGUGGGAGAUGAAGACGGCGAGUGAUGCAAGGGGUGGGCUGCCCAAGUGGAUGCAGAAUAUGGGCGUUCCCGGCGCGAUUGCGAAGGAUGUCGGGUUAGCAGGGAAGUUUAUAUUAGAAGCGACGGAGGAGGGCGUGAGUGGGCCUACUUUGGUCCCGUAUGAAGCGUUGCGUAUAUGCUUGGACAUGGAGCUUGAUAUAAGAGUAGGCUGGAGCCGAGGUAGUGGUGGAGGGGGUUUUGAGCAGGGUAGAGGAUGAGAGGGCUCCAGCACCAUUGCUUCGAGCGGGCGAGAUAGGGGUUGAGAUCGCGUGGAGGUGGAGGGCUAUGCUGUAAGUAUGCUUCUCUGUAAGAAUAGCUCUGUACCUUGAUAAUGGACCCUGGCGCUGUUCACCGGGCCGAUCGUUUAUAGAUUCUGAUGCCUCAUUUAGUUUCGUUGGGCAGGAGGAAUGCCGGACUGGGACUGUAACUGAGCAGAGAAGGUAAUCAAGAGUAGUUCUUCGUGAUCACUACGAGACUUUUGGGAAAUUACAUUGAGGCUCGAGUCAUGACUCGAGGCGGG